AUGUCUUUUGCGAGCAGGGCGUUACGUCCAGCAUGGCAAACGAAAAGCAGUGCGUUUCCGAGCGCUGUGAGACACACGGGCUUCAACCUGAGACAGCCCAAGUUCAGCAGAGCGUUCCACCAGGGCCAUGCGAAGAGACCUCGGAUCGCCAAGGCGUCGACGAAGUGGGGGGUGUUUGACGAGCUCAAGUUGUUCUCGUACACUUCUCAUUUGGCCUUCUUCAUGCUUCUUCCGCCAAUUAUCCAGAUGUACACGACCAAGGUUGAGGUCACGCGGGACGAGACGAUGACGGAGUCGUCAUUCGCAGCGCUGGAAACAGGACAGGGCGUGACCAUCAAACACAUGAACUUCCUGGACAUUCUUCAGGCGGAAAAGAACAAACUGCUGGACCUGUAUCUGCAGAGCGAAUCGAGCGGCAACACCGAGCAAACGCCGGAGAACGCUCAGCACUUCACUGCUAGUGGUAACAGGUCUGCGAUAAAGGAGAAUGACCCGGCGGAUGCGCCUGGAAACACCGAGGAGAUCAAGUCCGCGAAGGAUGUGACGAAGGACGAGGAGCUGAAGUCUCAGCUGGGCAUGAUAGAUGAGGCGUACAGCUCGUUACAAAGACACCUAAUAUCAGACCACCAGUAUAUGUCCGCUGUCGAGCAAAUAACGGACUACUUACUCGCUGUGGGGCAGAGGCGGAACACAACACACAGCGAUCGAGAGCUUGCCAACAACACCGUGAUGCGGAUCUUCGAUCAGCUGCACAGCUUGCGCAUGCACACGUUUGAGUCGGAUCUGUUUCGACGUCUGGUCACAUCGUACACCCGCCCAGAGGCUAGGUUUCUCAACAUCAGAAAUGCGAUAGUGACGAAAUACGAAACCAGCAAGGCUGUCGCUUACUCCCACACACACACGCGUAGCAGUAAGCGGCAAGUUUCCAAGACCAGAGGUGCCAAGAGGAGUGCCACACUGCCGCUGCAUGAGGUUAUGAACGCCUCUCUCUGGCUCCGGUCGUACGUCUGCAGCUUUGAGAGGUUUGCCCAGCUAGUGCAGAUGUUUGCAGCCACGGGCCAGACAAAAAGGGCUCUGCACUCCUUGUUUCACAUAGGCUUCGACAGCCCCGAGGUGCGCAAGCAGCCAAUACCACGCACAAUGAAAUUCCUAACAACCAACUUUGUGAGGUGUGCCGUCAAAAGCUGCGACGGUGCCGAGAACUCGUUCCCGCUCAAAUACGAAAACUGCCAGCUGCAGCUCGAGGAGCAGGAUUUCAACCCGGACUUCAUAAUAUCGAUGCUAGAGAGACUCGACUGGGACGCCGUCAUCAAGGUCGCUGCUGACCUCGGCAACACUGCCCUUCCUGCACAAAAACCACAAGACAUCGAUCACGACGAAAAAAUGCUCAAAGACUUGCACUCCCUCUUGGUAGAGACCCAGAUUGUCGACGGACAAAUGGUCAUAUCGAUGUCGUACGCACAGAAAUACCAGAGCUCGACCCACGGAGACCUGCCGAUCCCGCCGGAGAAGCUGAACUUUCCGGCCCAGACGCCUCCUGGGUCUCCGAAUCGCCAACAAACCACUUUCCUGAACCUCAAUAAGACACUGUUUGGCCAGGAUACGAACGGUAUGAACGGCUUGAACUUUGACCAACCGCCAGUGAUAAAGCCAAAGUCGAGGUCGAGAUCCAACUCGAGGAAACUAUCUAUCGGACGGCUUUUCCAAUUUGGCUCGGAUAAUAACAACGUGGAAAUAGCCACCGCUAGAGCUGGGUCAAACACCAGCAAUAACACAGACAGCUCCACACAGGCUGCCAAGACCACAGACGAUAAUACCGAUCUUUUUCUACAGACGCCUCCAGCCACAAAGGAGAAGAAUAAUCUGGAUACGCCUUCGACCACAGUGAACACGUCCAUUAGCGCCUCCGACCCAAAGAACGAAGAUUAUUUCAGUUACGGAGAGCCUCAGUAUUCUAUACAGGCAGUUGACAAUACUAAAGAAAAGGAAAAGGAAAAGGAUGAAGCCCACACCGCUUCCAAUAACGAUGACAACCAGGACGAUAUCUUUAAGCCCAGAAGGUUAACUAAAAUCAAAAACUUAUUCAAAUUUACAGCUCACGAUGAUCCAUCUGCUGUGCCUACGGAAUCAUCUACUUCCACACCAGCUGGAUCAGCCACAGCUAAUGGGCAUACACAGUUGCAACUUGCACUUCCACAAGCUAAUCAUCAUAAUGAUGAUCAACAACACGAACCUGAAGAGCACUCGUCUUCAAUCAUGCAAAAAUUCAGAAGAAUAAGGGCUCCUUCGAGCCCAUCAUUGUAUCAAAACAAGACAACAAAUCAGCAUCAAAAUCUCCACCACGAGAACAGGACGGAAGAUCCAAUCGAAGAAUUGGAUUUGUCAGAACAACCAGUUCAUCUCGAGCCUGAACUUGAUUUCAAAGAUGUAGAGGAAACUUCUGAGAAAAGAAACAUACCGCCACCAGGAACAGUAGAAAAAAAACAAGAAGCUGAAGAUAGUGACGAACGCAGGGAUGAGCUUAAACCAUUGAAGGAAACUGAACCGAGGGGAUUUCUUCAUAAACGGUUGAGAAAAGUGGCGUCUGCUCCUUUGAGUUUGAGACAAUUGACAGAAAGUAAUCAUCAUUCUAGUCAUGAAUCAACAGACAACUCUAAAAAGGUAGAUGAAUUGACGACUCAUAUAGGUGAAAUAAAAAUAUCGAAAAACAUAACAUCAAACAAUCCAACUAGAAAUUACUCAAGUAGCUCGAUCAGAGUCACGGAGAUUCAAGCUGGUCCCCAAUCAUUUGAGAAAUUAAAGCUUUUAGGAAAAGGUGAUGUCGGUAAGGUCUACCUUGUUCGAGAAAAGGAAACGAAGAAGUUAUAUGCCAUGAAAAUUCUUAACAAAAAAGAAAUGAUUGAACGUAAAAAGAUCAAGAGAGUGCUAGCAGAACAGGGUAUUCUUGCAACAGCAAAUCAUCCUUUUAUCGUUUCACUGUAUCACUCUUUCCAGUCCGAUGACCAUCUCUACCUAUGUAUGGAAUAUUGUAUGGGCGGUGAGUUUUUUAGGGCACUCCAAACCCGUCGUAUGAAGUGCAUAUCUGAAAAUGAUGCUCGGUUUUAUGCUGCUGAGGUGACUGCAGCACUAGAGUAUCUUCAUUUGAUGGGUUUCAUUUACAGAGAUUUGAAACCUGAAAAUAUUUUACUUCAUCAAUCUGGACAUAUAAUGUUAAGUGAUUUUGAUUUAUCAAAACAGUCUAGCAAUGCUGCCAACCCUGCUCUGAUAGCAAGCACUAGAUCUUCAACAAGUCUGCCUCAACUUGACACCAAUGCUUGCAUUAAUGGAUUCAGAACGAAUUCUUUUGUUGGAACGGAGGAGUACAUUGCACCUGAGGUUAUUUGGGGCAAGGGACAUACGUCUGCUGUUGACUGGUGGACAUUAGGCAUUUUCAUCUACGAAAUGCUUUUUGGCAUCACACCUUUCAAAGGAUCGACAAGAAAUCAAACUUUCUCAAAUAUUCUAAAGAAUGAAGUCCAGUUUCCAGAUUAUAAUCAAGUUUCAAAUAGUUACAAAAGCCUGAUCAGGAAACUCCUUAUCAAGGAUGAAACGAAAAGAUUAGGUUCUCAUUCCGGCGCAUCCGAGGUAAAGUCACAUCCUUUUUUUAAAAAUACACAAUGGGCUUUGCUUAGGAAUCAAAAGCCACCAAUGGUACCUGUUCUGAAUCCGAACAAAAAGAAACAAAGUACAGGUGCCAACAAAAGCAGCAAGGCAAGUAACCAAUCGUCAAUGGGUACUCUUCGAAGUAAAAGAAAAACAAGCUCAUCCACUGUUAUUACAGGUGAAACAGAUCCGUUCAAAGAUUUUAACUCAAUCACUAUUAUUCAUGAUGAUGAUUCCCAGAUCAUCAGGUUUGAUGGGACAGACUUAGGAGAUAUUACAUACACUUUGCAAACCACAGGAUCUGAAACAUUGGGUAGAAAGUUUUUGAAAAUGUAA